AUGUUCGUCCGAGACGAAAGCGUCGCUGACUCCAACGAAAACAGCGUCGCCAACCACCUCAACAUGACCCACGACUUUGGCCAUGUCCAUGUCGACCACGACCACGACCAUGACAACGUCGACCCCGCUGGCAACUUCGCCAGCUUCGCCAACGACCCCAUUGGCAACCCCGCCACGCUCGGCGACGACACAACUCAGCUCGUGCUGCGGGCCCUAGUGUCGACGAAAGAGGCGGGCGUCAUCAUUGGCAAAGAUGGCGCCACCGUGGCCGGACUUCGGGACGCCGCCAAAGUCAAGGCCGGCGUCACAAAGUCCGUCGCCGGCAUCCCCGACCGCAUCCUGUCGGUUGCCGGCACCGCCGCCGGUGUGUCACGUGCCAUUGGCCUGGCGGCUGCGGCACUCGUGGCACACCCGCCGUCGGGCUACGUGCUCAAUCUGGUGCCUCCAGGCCCACAGGGCACCACCACCGUGCGCUUGCUCAUCCCGCACCAGCGCAUGGGCUCGAUUCUGGGCAAGGGCGGCGUGCGCAUCAAGGCCAUCCAAGCCAAGUACGGCGUGCGCAUUGUGGCGUCCAAACACCGGCUGCCCCACUCGUCCGAGCGCAUCGUCGAGAUCCAGGGCGAGCCGCUGGCGCUGCAGACCGCCGUCUACACGGUGGUCCAGUGUCUGCUUGAAGAAAAGGACAAAUCAAUCCUCGUGGCCUACUACAACCCGCGCAGCCUGGAGGGCAGUAUGACCCUACGCGAGGACCCGGAAGAUAAAGAAUAUGUGUCUUUCGCCGGCUACCGGGGCCGCCAUCAGGAUGGAGGAAGUGACACAGACACAGAUAGGGAGGCUACCGUGUCGGAUCAUGGUGGAGACGCAGAAGCGCUGUCCAGCUCAGACGCAUGUGUCCAAUCCACAAUUAUCCCCGCGUCGUUCGCUGGCUACAUCAUUGGCCGGCGCGGCGACAACAUCCGGGAGCUGCGCAAACGGUCUGGCGCGGCCAUCUCCAUCUCGUCCGAGUACGAGAGGGAGCGCACGCUGUUAAUGCGGGGCUCGGAGGCUGCAGUGGCGCUGGCCAUGAGCAUGUUGCAGCAGCAGAUGGACGAGGAGCGCGAGCGAAGGGCUCAGGUGGGCUCCGAGGAAGGAAACAACGGCUUCUGCUCCGACGUUUGA